UUGAAUGUAAGAACAACGGCGCUGCAGCAGAUUGGAUCUUCCCCAGAAUUGAAGCAUGUUCAUAAUCCUCAUACCAAUUAUUAUACACUCUUUCAAUGCAAUAAUAUUUGUUGAAGCACAGUCACAGAGUGGGCAUCUUCCUAUAGAUGAAAUGCUUAAUUUUGUUUCAUGUAUCGAUCUGGAAGUAAAUGCACUUAAGGAAAUAGCAGAUGAAGUGGGAAAGAAGGAUUGGGAUUUUAGACUAAAUCCUUGUGACAACAACUCCAACUGGAGGACACCAGAUACGGAACAUUGGUACACUAAUGCUCUCAAUUGCAAUUGUAGCUUCCCUGGUGGUAUUUGCCAUGUGCAAAGCUUAUAUUUAGUUGAACAGGAUCUACAGGGUGUCCUUCCUCCUUCCUUGGUGAAGUUACCCUUUCUCAAGAUAAUUAAUUUGAGCUAUAACUACUUAAGUGGUACAAUUCCCCUUGAAUGGGCUUCUACCAAGUUGGAAAAUAUCUUUGUUGAUGUGAAUCGAUUGUCUGGGCCAAUUCCAAAAUACUUAGGAAAUAUAACAACUCUUAUACAAUUAAGCUUGAAGAGCAAUAUGUUCAAUGGAACUGUUCCACCAGAGCUUGGGAAUCUUAUCAAUUUACAGUAUCUCUUUCUUAGUGAUAAUUAUCUCACAGGUGAAUUGCCAAAAGAACUUAAUGCUCUCACAAAUUUAGGAGCUCUUAGCCUCGGCUGUAAUAACUUCACUGGGAAAAUGCCUAGCUUUCAACAUUUGAAAAGCCUUCUUCUGCUAGAGCUUGAAGCAAGUGGUUUUGAAGGACCCAUACCUGAAAAUAACUUUGUACCGACAGGCUUGGCGAGGCUUAGAAUCAGUGACCUAAAUGGAGCUGUCUCGAGUUUUCCGACAUUAAAUGACAUGACAAAUAUGACAGAGUUGAUUUUGAGGAGGUGUAACAUUUCUGGGAAUUUACCUGAUUUACAUCAUAUGACAAAAUUGAGAAUGAUAGAUUUGAGCUUUAAUAAUCUUGAAGGAGGGAUUAGUGGUCUUCAAGGUCUUCAAGGGCUUCAAGGGCUUAAUGAGAAUGAGCUUGAGGAUAAAAUGCAGUACUUGUUUCUAACGAACAACUCGCUUAGUGGAAAAAUUCCUCAAUGGAUUCUAAACUCUUGGCCGAAUAGUUACAUAGAUCUUUCUUACAAUAAUUUUGAGGAGAGUUCUAUGUCACCAAUUUGCAAUCGGGAGAAUCUAAACUUGUUCAAAAGCUAUAAUGGAGGAGAGGAAAAUGAAGAAAUUGGAAAAUGUCUAAAGCAGUGCACGAAAGAUUGGUAUUCAUUUCACAUCAAUUGUGGUGGAGGAAACGUUUCAAUUGGUGACACUACAUAUGACGCAGAUAAAGAUUCUGUUGGACCUGCCAAAUUUUUUUUCAAUAGAGAAAACUGGCUAGCCAGUAAUACAGGGGACGACCUUUUUGAUACAGAUCAAUAUAUAGCAAAAAAUAUAUCUGUCAUCAAUGUAAAGGAUUCUGAAAUCUACAGGACUGCUCGUUUGUCUCCUUUAUCCCUAACGUAUUAUGGGCGUUGUUUGGCAAAUGGAAACUAUACAGUGAAACUUCAUUUUGCAGAGAUAGUUAUUAGAGAUAAUCGAUCUUUUCAAAGUUUUGGAAGACGCAUAUUUGAUGUUUAUAUACAGGGUGAAAUGAAAUUAAAGGAUUUUGAAAUUAAAACUGAAGCACAAGGAGUUGAUAAAACUUUGGUUAAACAAUUUCAAACAAUUGUAAAAGAUAAAACUCUAGAGGUGCGCUUUGUGUAUUCUGGGAAAAGAACUGCAGUCCUAGAUAUGAUAAGACCAUCAUAUGGACCUCUAAUAUCUGCCAUUUCUGUGGAAUUUGCCAAUUUUGUAGAUUUCAAACCUCCCAAAGAGCGAAAGACUUCAAUCAUAGUUGCCGUAGUAACUUCUUCUUUGUUUCUUACUUUCACAAUUCUCUGUUUUGCUUGGUGGAAGAUCUACAUUAGAAACAAGACCUCGCCGGGAAAAGAACUACGAGGUUUUGAUUUACGAACAGGUCUGUUUACCUUCACACAAAUUAAAGUGGCUACAAACAACUUUGAUGUUACCAAUAAGAUUGGAGAAGGUGGCUUUGGGUCCGUCUACAAGGGUACAUUAUUGGAUGGUACAGUUAUUGCUGUGAAACAACUCUCAUCCAAAUCAAGUCAAGGAAAUCGUGAAUUUUUGAAUGAAAUAGGCAUGAUUUCGUGUUUGCAGCAUCCUAAUCUUGUGAAACUUUAUGGGUGUUGUGUCGAGGGAAAGCAAUUGCUGUUGGUGUACGAGUACUUGGAAAACAAUAGCCUUGCUCAUGCUCUUUUUGGUUCAGAAGAGUGUCAACCCAAAAUAGACUGGCCUUCCAGACAAAGAAUAUGUCUUGGUAUUGCAAAAGACUUUGGCCUGGCUAAACUUAAUGAUGAUGGGAAUACACAUAUUAGCACAAGAGUUGCUGGAACAAUAGGAUAUAUGGCUCCUGAAUAUGCAAUGUGGGGCUACUUAACAUACAAAGCUGAUGUCUAUAGUUUCGGAAUAGUGGCACUAGAAAUUGUUGCGGGGAAGAGCAACAUGAAGUAUCGUCCUGAUGAAAACUUUAUUUGCAUCCUUGAUUGGGCACUUGAUCUUCAAAAAAAGGGGAACCUAAUGGAGUUAAUAGAUCCAAGAUUGGGUUCUGAUUUUGACAAAGAAGAGACACUCAGAAUGACCAAAGUGGCUUUGCUUUGUACUAAUCCUUCACCAGUUCUAAGGCCAUCCAUGUCAGCAGUAGUCAACAUGCUUGAAGGCCAUGAUGAUAUUCUUGAGUACAAAUCCGAUCAACAUGAAUUCAACUUUGAAGCAAUGAGAGAUCAUUAUGAUGAAAUGCUACCCAAUUCAAGUGAUUCUCCCAACAUCUCAGAUUGCACAUAUCUAAAAAAGGAAAUAAACUAGUCCUUAGUUUUAUUUAAUAUUGGGUUUUGGUGUAAGAAAUAAAAACACCAGGAAAAACAAGAACCAAUAAUUUCAGGUGUGUAUCAAAUACACUUUCUACAAGUUUGUAAUCACUUUGUUUGAGCAAUUUGGAUCAUAGUUAAGCGUGUGAGAUACAAGAAGUUUAUAAAUUAAUCAAGUUGCAACGUGAUAAUUCAA